ACGUAUAUUUAAGUUCGACCCACAUGUUAUGCGGUAACCAAAGGCUUCGAAGCAGCUCACAGGUACGGCUGUGAUCUUCAACAGGUAUAGGUUGGGAUCUUUUACAAUUUGUAGUUGCAUACUUUAUUUGCCCUGACGUUGAUACUAAUGAGAACGUUUCAGUUUAACGGCUCACUGUUCUUCAGGAUCUAGGAUGCACUCUGUCCUGUUGUUUGCGGCGGCUUGGGUUGCCUGCCUUGCAAAACUUCUGGAUGAGAACAUGACUGGAUCCUGGAGACUAUUUCUGCUCUGUAGUCUCCUGCAAGGUGCUGGGUGCAACGCUGCAGAAUUUGAGGCCCUAGUGCCAGCAAGUGUUACGACACUCAUUGGAUCCUGUGUUACCGUUCCUUGUUCCUUCACCGUGCCGGACCAGUAUAAAGUCAAUCUACAUCCUGGAUGUAUACCAACAUGGAAAAAAGAUGAAAUAACUAUCAGUGCUACAACAUUCAGGGGAAAUCUAACAGCGUACAACUGUACUACAACAUUCAAUAACGUACUUGAAGACAAUGUUCAAUAUUAUUUUAGAAUUGACUGUGGAAAUCCAUUAAAAUAUAAUUUUUAUGAAAACCCAGUGACCAUCAGGAUCAAGGGGCUCCCUGAUGCACCUCGUUUGACCACCCCCAAGGACCCGGUGGUGGAGGAGGGGACUCCUGUGGAGCUGGGGUGCUCUGCCCCGUCCUACUGUGACACCCACCCCCCCACUGUGACGUGGACCCCCGCCCUGGGGCUCAGCACCCAGCUCCAGCAGGACGAUACCGUGACCUCCACUCUGACCUUCAACGCCUCCCACCUCCACCAUGGAAACAAUGUCUCCUGCACUGCGGCCUACUACAUACCAUCUGGGAAAAAAACUGUGACGUCUACAAGAUACCAACUCAGUAUCUUAUCCAAUGAGUACUACUCAUACUCACCAGCCCUUGGAUCAGGUGGAGGAACUCCCUUUGUGACCUCAGGAGAAGGAAGCAUCACAGGCGUGAAAGUCUGGGAGCAGCCUGGUAAUCACAUUACUGGUUUCCAGUUGCGUUACGGCACCAGGUGGGACCGUGCUGUUGGUCGCGUGGUCCACGCCCCACUGAGAUUGGACCUAUUUGAAGGAGAGACAAUUACUCAGGUGUCUGGAAAAUACCGCUCAGCCAACUACAUCUAUCAGUUGAUUUUUGUGACCAGUAGAGGGCGCUCUCUCAUCACAGGCGUGCCAUUUGAGACCUCCUUUAACUUUUACCCCGAGCAUGCAGAGGCGGAGCUUCGGCUGUUGAGUGGGCGGUUCGAUAGCAAUGGGAUCAGAUCACUGGGAGCCCAUUGGGGGGUAUUCGAGGAGGCCACAGGUUAUGGAAAUAAUACUACUUAACCAAAUGCUUAAAAGCACAUUUGACUUAUUUUUAUCAAAACACUUUUUCAUUCAGGGGUCAAUCCUGGAUAGAUGUGAGAUCUGUAUUGUCUCCAAAAACAUAUUUAUCACUUUAAAAAUGUCUUCAAAUGAUCUUUGAAUGAUUGUCCUUAAAAAAUGUGUGCAGGUGAAUUAUAUCUUUGCAAACCAUUAUGAAGGGCCUCAUGUUUGAUUAGUGGUUUAAAAGUAAACAUUGCCUUGCCUAACUAAAGGAUGACUCUGCUCUCAAUCUUUUAUUCAACUAAUUCUCUACGAAAUGAAUUGUAUCGACUAAACACAUUCUACACAUGGAGUUAUCUGUGCCACACGUUCAUGGGGCCAAUUCAAGUCAUAUUUAAAUAUUCUCAGAGCUUAAACCUACUCAGUGGUUUUUGCUGUCUUUGGUUUUGGGUUGUGUAUGUCUCAUGUUUUAUUUCCUUUGACGUCAUAUGCACGUCAAAGGAAUGUGCAUAUGAGACAUACACAACCCAUAAAUUUGUCACUUUGUCAAUAUAUUAUAAAAUCAUAUAUAUUAUUUUCACAUGUAUGGAAUAAUCUUCAUGACAAAUGAUUAUUUUAUGAUAAUCUGUCAUUAAAAUGAUAAUAACAUUUUA